AUGUCACGCAGACGUUCCUCAGGUCCUCGUUCAGCACGCUCACGGUCCCUCCGUUCCCGCGCCGCAUCUUCGGUCAGCCAGCGCUCCGAUACGAGCAACAUCAGCAGCGCCAUUCAGCAGCUCUCUUGGACCACUGGCGACUGCUAUGACUACGCGGACCAAGAUAUCAGCGCCUUCUUGCAUUGUCCCAUCUGCCUCGGCCCCUUUCUCGAGCCUUUUGCUUCCACCGCCUGCUCCCAUACCUUUUGCAGACAGUGCAUCGCCACUGCUCUCACCACUCAGCAGCAACCGGAUCAGGAUUCCGAUCCACUGGCGGCGAUACAAGCAAAUCGGUGUCCGACUUGCAGAACGACGGUCGAGAUCGACGACUUCCAACCCACUGCGCUGCUCAUCAAGAACAUGGUCGACACGCUUCGAGUACGAUGUCCCAACAAAGGGAAAGGCUGUCAGCACGAGUGCGAACGUCAUCUGCUCCGUGGGCAUAUCGCCUCCGAAUGCGCGUUCGAGUACGUGGACCAGAACCUUACCGAGGGCAAACGCUGCGGAUGUUCGGCCAAAGUGAUGCGCAAGGAUUGGGCAUCUCACGGUCUCAGCUGUCCGAAGCGCAACGUUGUCUGUUCCACGUGCGACAUGGAGUUUUGCUUUGAUGAACUGGAGCAGCACUCGCAGUCUUGCUCACCUGAACCCGCCGUGUGCGAGUUCUGUCAUAGCGAAACCAUCAAGAGUCGUCUGACCAUGCACGUUGCCCAGGACUGUCGAGACGCUCCUGUCCUCUGUCCUCACUCCAGCUUUGGAUGUGAUUGGUCCGGUCCACGCCGUCAACUCUCGCGCAAUCCCGACACAGCCUCCAAGAGCACACAGAAAACGCAUCUGGAGGACGAGUGUCGCUUCGAGCCUAUCAAGGCUUUCUUUGGCAUCUUCAACCAGCACGUCAAUGACCUCAAGGACGAGAACACCGCCCUCCGAGCACGACUGGACGAGAUGCAGAGCAGGCAGCAUGGUCAAGCUCGACGAAUCGAUGAUUGCGUCCACAGCCUCGGAAGUUGGUAUCGAUCGGCGGGAGAGCUUCGUACCGCCGCAGGCCUGCAAGAGCGCGCAAGAGGCUCUCAGAUCGGUGUGGAUGGAGAGUGGGACGAGUUCCCCUUGGAUGCUCAGAAUUGGGAACGAUCAUUGAGUCAGCAGAGCUUUGGUGGAUCGCGGCAGGCGAGGACUCAAAGCGCUUCAGCCGUGUCGAGCAUGGAUCUGGCGACGUGGGCAAGGAGGCAGUACAGCGAACUGUCGGACAGGGAAGUGAGGCCUUCCUCACGGCGCGGUGCUGGGUCAAACCCUGCAGCGUUCGCGAUGGACGAUGGUUCGAGUCCGCGAUACUUGGCACCGCCGACAGCGCGGUCCAUGCCCAGCAGCAGUUCCGGUCUGGGUGCGAAUCGAGGCGCAUACACACCGUCACCUACACGAGAACGCCUGUCGUACCUCGGCAGCGCAGACAUUUCUUCAUCGACACGUCGAUCAGCAGCGACCAACUCAACGUCCCUGCUCACACCUCUCGAUACUUCCACCACCAGCACCUCCCUCUCUCCUCUCGGGUACAACUUCCCCGUCGCACCAACACCGGACGUCGUGGAUCGCUCCAACCUCGAUUCUGCCAUUUCGUCACUCACCGCCUCUGUCGCAGGUCUCUCUUCCGGCCUGUCGAGUCUGGACAAACGCACCGAGGAAGGACACAUCGCAGCCGUCAAGGCCGGAUUCGACGCCGGGCGGGUCACCGAGGAAGUGGCUAGUCUACGACACGGUCUGCAUGCCGUCAGGAUGCAGAUCCAUCAGAUUCUCAUGACCCAGCAGAGACAUGCGCUGUUCAACGGUCCCACGAGUAUGAUCAAUGCGAACAGUGCUGCGGCUGACGCUGUGGCGGGGACGAGUCAUGUUGGGCCAGCGAGCGGUGGUGGGAUGCCCAUGCUUAGCCCCCCGUUGCUGCGCAGAUGGGCAGGCUUGGAACAUACAAAGUUGUGA